UGCUUUCUCCCUCUCUCUCUCUCUCUCUUCUCUAAGAAAUGCCGCCGGAGAGCACUUCCCACUCUCUGCAAAUCCCAACCCCCUUGACGCCAAAACCGCCAUCGCGCCUCCCAAAUGCCUAUUCCCUCUCAGCCGACGUGCUCAUCUUCUUAUCCGGCGCAGCCGCCGCUCUCCUCCUCUUCUAUGUCUUCUCCUCCUUUAUUCUUCCCCCAACCCCAUAUCCCGUCUCCUCCAACCAAUUCCAAAAACCCUCCUCCUCUGAUACCCCUUCUUUCUACGACGAUCCUUCCCUGUCCUACUCCCUCCCCCCUUCCCCUUCCGUCUCCGAUUGGGACACCAAGCGCCGCCUCUGGCGCCACCUCCACCCCUUCCCUCCCAACCGCAUCCUCAUGCUCACCGGCUCCCAACCCUCCCCAUGCCCUAACCCCAUCGGCGACCAUCUCCUCCUCCGCUUCUUCAAAAACAAGGUCGAUUACUCCCGCAUCCACGGCAUCGACGUCUUCUACAACUCCGCCCUUCUUCACCCAUCCAUGCCCAGCUUCUGGGCGAAGCUUCCCCUCCUCCGCGCCGCCAUGAUCGCCCAUCCGGAAGCCGAGUGGCUUUGGUGGGUCGAUUCCGACGCUGCGAUCACCGACAUGGAGUUCCAGCUUCCGCUCCAGAGAUACCAAUCGUAUAAUCUAGUCGUUCAUGGCUGGCCCAAUCUCGUAUACGAGAAUCGGAGCUGGACUGCCCUAAACGCCGGAGUUUUCCUCCUCCGUAACUGCCAGUGGUCGCUCGAUUUCUUGGCCCGGUGGGCUCGGCUUGGCCCGCAUAACCCGGAUUAUAAGCAUUGGGGUGAGGUUCUUCGGGCCGAGUUGCCGGACAAGCUUUUCCCGGAUUCCGACGACCAGUCAGCGCUCAUUUAUCUCCUUAUUAAGGAAAAAGACAGGUGGGGAGAAAAGAUCCACCUUGAAAACGAGUACUACUUCGAGGGGUACUGGGUUGAAAUCGUGGGGAGUCUUCAGGGGAUCACACAGAACUAUCUGGAUAUGGAGAAACGGGAGCCGGA